AACCCCGUUCACUCUGUGUGUUUGAUCUCCAUUACGAAAACCUAGAUCUGCAAUAGGUGUUGAACCGAUGGUGAUAUCAUUGGAUCCGGAAGUGGUGUUCAUUGAAAUGGGUAUUGAUUCUGCUCUAAAAUUGGUUGUUGAAAUGGUCUCAAUUUUUCCGACAUGGGUAUUCAUUGAAAAGGGGGUUGAGCUCACUGAUAAUGGAGACAGAUGGAUUUGUCCUGAGGUGGCUAGGUUGGUCAUUGCCAAUGGUGGGGAAGUAGAAGUGGUGGCGCUCUCUGAUGAUCAAGGCGUAUCUGCAAUAGGUGUUGAACCGAUGGUGAUAUCAUUGGAUCCGGAAGUGGUGUUCAUUGAAAUGGGUAUUGAUUCUGCUCUAAAAUUGGUUGUUGAAAUGGUCUCAAUUUUUCCGACAUGGGUAUUCAUUGAAAAGGGGGUUGAGCUCACUGAUAAUGGAGACAGAUGGAUUUGUCCUGAGGUGGCUAGGUUGGUCAUUGCCAAUGGUGGGGAAGUAGAAGUGGUGGCGCUCUCUGAUGAUCAAGGCGUGUAA